AUGAAGUUUGCUACUGUAUCUAUUAUCCUCUUCGCGCUAGGUUUAUUCACUUGCCUUGUUCAAGCACUUCCCGUUCACUCUAGCCUCACAAGACGAGCUCCCAAAUAUCAAAUCCAACUCCAAUCUGCUACUGCCUUCUGUUCCUUUUUACCGCCUCAUCCGGGAGAUGAUGUAGGCGCUACCGAAAACGAUGGUAAACCUUUCUGUACUGAUGCUUCAUUGGGCGGUCAAGUUUUUCCUUCCGGUUUUAUCAAGUCAGCUCAUUUUGCUAAAACCUCUACUUAUGCUCAGGUCACGGGUCGCAUUGAUGGUUCUAAGUACAAGCUCAAUCCUUCCGAUGGUGGCGGACAAUAUGAUAACAAAGAUGUGGCCCCAACUACCUGUAAUGGUUACAAAUACUUUGUAAAUUUAAUUGAACCUGAUGCCAACACCUUUUGUAUUCGUUGCUGUAAGAAUCAAGCUGAUUGUAAAUUGGGUAUCUCAACGUACGGAUGUCAAAGGAUCGUACCGGGAAACUACAACUAA